AUGGAUCUCGUGCAGAUCAACGUGCCCAAAUAUGAAGACGAACAGUGUCGGCGGGUCGGUGAAGAGUUCUCCCGAUUCAUCCGAGAAUACGCGAACGAUGAGGGCGACAAAAUCUACUUCCAAGCCAUGCAGGCCCUUGGCUUCCAGGAGCGCAAUACCCUCUUCGUCGACCUCACCCACGUGCACGCAUACAGCGUCGGCCUCUACACCUCCAUCUCCAUCAGUUUUUACAAGUUGUAUCCGACUUUGUGCAAGGCGCUUCACCUGGAACUGCUCGAAGUAGCGAAGAACAAGGACGAGAAACGGAUCCAGAACAAGCAGCUACACAUCGCUUUCGGGAACCACCCCACCUUUUCCAAGCUUCGCGAGCUCGUCGCGGAAAAUGUUGGUGCUCUGGUGCAAAUCCACGGACAGGUGGUGCGUACUCAUCCGGUUCAUCCGGAACUUUUCAUUGGGACAUUUGUUUGCGACGACUGUGGGGUGACGAUUCGUGAUGUUGCGCAGCAGUUCCGUUACACACAGCCCUCGAAGUGCACAAACAGCCAUUGCAUGAACAGAACUCGCUUCAGCCUUGACAUUGACGAUUCUACGUUCGUCGAUUUCCAGAAGCUCAGGAUCCAGGAGCAAUCUGACGAGCUGCCGCGGGGCUCAAUUCCCCGGGCGUUGGACGUGAUUGUGCGAGGCGAGCUUGUCGAAAGUGUUCAGCCUGGAGAUCGCGUGACCAUUACCGGCUCGCUGAUCGUGAUCCCCGACAUUGCGAUGAUGUCCACGCCCGGUCUCCGCGCCGACACUGGCAAAAAGGGAAAGCAACAGCAAGAAGAAGGCGGUCUCGGCGGCCUCAAAUCUCUCGGCGUGCGCGAGAUGACGUAUCGGCUCGCCUUUCUCUGCUCAAAGAUCGGCACCAAUGCAACGACGUUUGGCGGAAAAGAAGUGAACGAUUCGGUCGAGCCGCUGAUGCUUUGGAAUGGGCUGUCGGACAGCGAAAAGGCUACGCUGCGGAAGAUGAGCGAGGACAAGGAUAUUGAGCUCCAUUUGGGCGACAGUGUUUUCCCGAAUGUUUAUGGAAACGAGGAGAUCAAGCUCGGCGUUCUGCUCAUGCUGUUCGGAGGUGUGCAGAAGAUGAACAAGGGAGAAGGGACAUGUCAGCGCGGAGACAUCAAUGUGCUCCUCGUCGGCGACCCUUCCACCGCCAAGUCUCAAAUGCUCAAGCGCGUCGAAGAAUUUGCCCCACGAGCCGUCUACACGUCCGGCAAGGCUUCAUCCGCGGCCGGUUUGACGGCGGCAGUGGUAAAGGACGAAGAAUCGAUGGACUUUGUGAUUGAAGCCGGCGCCUUGAUGCUGGCCGACAACGGUGUGUGCUGCAUCGAUGAAUUCGACAAGAUGGAGCCGCGUGAUCAAGUCGCUAUCCACGAAGCCAUGGAACAGCAGACUAUCUCGAUCACAAAGGCUGGGGUCAAAGCCACACUGAAUGCCCGCGCUUCAAUUCUCGCAGCCGCAAAUCCAGUUGGCGGCCGAUACGAUCGCUCUCGUCCAUUGAAGUACAAUGUGCAACUCAGCGCGCCCAUCAUGAGCCGCUUCGAUCUGUUUUUCGUGCUGAUCGACGAGUGCAAUGAGAUUGUCGACUUCGCCAUUGCUCGUCGCAUCCUCGACAACCACCGCGACAUCAACGGCCAGGACCAUCGCCAGACCUACUACUCAGAAGAGGAUGUCAAGAAGUACAUUGCGUUCGCCCGGCUCUUCCGCCCAAAAAUCAACGAGGCGGCCGCCGCGGCACUCGUCGACACCUACAAGAAGCUGCGCAUGCAGGACAGCAAUAAUGCCACCACCUCAUCUUGGCGUGUGACCGUUCGGCAGCUCGAAUCGCUGGUCCGCCUCUCUGAAGCGCUGGCCCGGAUGAAGUGCUCGUCCGAAGUAACGCCGGCUCAUGUUGACCGUGCCGCUAAGCUGCUCUCCAAGUCGAUCAUCCGUGUCGAACAGCCUGAUGUUCUGCUGGAUGAUGAUUGGGAUGACGAAAUGUUGGAGCAGGUGACAACGAAUGAUGAUGGGCUCAACAAGAACAACGAAACCGCCGAAGCCGAGGGGGACGAAGGAGACGAGAAUAGGGUCGAGCCUUCGAAACUGAAGAUUCGCUACGAAGUCUUCAAGCACAUUGCCGACAUGCUCGUCAGCCACAUGCGCGCCGACGAGGAGCAGGCCGGUGGUGAGGAGAACUGGAACGGCGUCCAGGCCAGCAAGCUGACCGAGUGGUUCCUGGCAACCCUCGAGUCCGAGAUCGACAGCGAGCAGCAGCUGAUUGAGCAGAAAACUAUUUGCGAGCGCGUGAUCAAGCGCCUCACCACUGAUCGCAUUCUUGUCGAGUUGGAGCCCGGCCAGGACCCGCUGCUCAUCGUGCACCCGAAUUACGUAUGCGAUGAC